GGAAGGAGCCUUAGUUACACCCCUGCAGCAUGCCGCCGUUCCUCCAACCUCUGCUCGCCAGGGUCCUCUGUGACAACAACGCCAAUCUUGAGCUUAGGUCUAGUCUCCAUGGAGGAAGGACGGCGAUGCACCUGGCUACGGUGUCUGGGAACGAGGCUAUGGUGCAACUCCUUGUUGCUAUGGGUAGCAAAGUUGAUUCCAAGGACGACCAAGAUAAAACACCGCUACACGUGGCAGCAGAGACUGGUAAUGAGGCCCUUGUAGAACUAAUGCUGAGUUGUGGGUCUCCCGUCGAUGCCAAAGACGUAACAGGUUUCACUCCGGCCCAGUACGCUGCUAAAGAAGGCCACACUCGUGUCUUAGAAUUGCUCAUAGCCCACGGAGCCAGCCUUCACACACUUGACCAAGAUGAGGCGACACUGCUCCACCUGGCCGCCGAGAGAGGUCACCUAGGCACCGUCUGCAUGUUGCUGCAGCGUGACGUCUCGCCUGAUGUUGAGGACAAGUACAGGUGCAAGGCAGAAGACCGUGCACACCGUAGGGGGUGGGCUGAUGUGGUGGCCUUGUUGCAGAAUCCACAAGAAGCCAGCGCCAUAUUGGUGCAGUUAGCGCGUGAGUACGGAGCCAGUGAUGACACUCAGUGUCGAGAAGCAGAAAACGUAGUGUGUGAUCCUGCUGAGAGCGGAGCAGGAUAUAAGGAUGAUUCUACCGACACGAGAUCGGAACCUUCGGGUUUCUCCACUGCUACUUAUAUGGAUCUUUCAUCUCUUUCCAUUGCUGCUGAUGAUGGUGAUACAGAACAGGGUCGUUCAUCUGUUCAUACUGAUGGUGAAGGUAUACAAGGACCUUCAGCUCUUAAUGGUGGUGAUGACGAGACAGAACAAGGGACUUCAUCCAUUCUUGCUCAUGCUGGGAGUAUACAGCAAGGAUUUCCAUCUGUUCUCACUGCUGAUAGUGAUCAUACAGAACGUAGACCAUCGCCUGCUGCUGUUGUCGGGGGUGUACGAACGUUGCUUUCAGCUCUGGUGACUGCUAGCACUAGUAUGGAAACAGGGCUUCUACCCACCGCUGUUGAUAGAGAUGUAGAACGAGAGGCUUUAAUACUUGAUGCUCCUAGUGAAGACGGCAGCGGUAUAAAUUCAGAGCCUUCAGAAAUGGCUGGAAGUUGUGAUAUGGAGCCAAACCCUUCAGCUGUUAUUUGUCAUGAAGGCUCAGAGCAUUCACCCCUUGAUAGAGACGCAGAAUCGAAUCAUUCGCCUCAAGUUAGUGACGCAGAAACAGAGCAUUCAUCUCUUUCUGGUGAUGAAUGUGGUGGGCAGCCGGAGCCUUUCAGUGUUGGUGCUGAAUGUUGCGCACAAGCAGCUCCGUCAGCCACCACAGCUAGAGACACUGACGUCAUGAAAACUGGUUCUCUCUAUCCCAAACUAACUGACACCAUGUUUAAGCUGGAUGGUGUAUACCUGUAUACUCCAGAAGAUGCCACAGCUGCUCAGAAUUGGAGUCUCAAACAGGAAUUAAACAACAAAGUAACGACCAUGGUUUAUGCCAUACUGAAUAGAAAUUCUCAGUACUGUGACUGGAACAAUUCACCAGAAACUUGCACCUGGGAGAAGAACCACAAGACAACUUUUCAGUCCGUCUUGGGCAUUCUGGUGAAGGCAGCAGCUGAGGGUCGGCUGAAGCAGGUGGAGACCUUAGUGGCGUUUGGAGCUGACCUCACUUCAAGAAGCACCAGCCCAGGGGAAGAAGGACUGCAGACUCUACACCUGGCAUGUUGGGGAGGACACGCUCAAGUAGUGAAGAAGCUUCUUGAACUGGGCAUCGACCCAAGAGCUGUAGCUCAAGGUCGCGAGGGUGUCCACUGGGCAGCUUUCGGAGGUCACGUGCCGGUGUUACGUGUGCUGAAGGAUUAUGGAUGUGACAUAACGGUGGCCUCCGUGCCUGACAUGUCAAACACCGCUGCACCUGGCGGCUGACAACGGUAACCUAGAGGCAUGUUAGGUGGUUGGUGCAAAACGGGGCGCUGAUUCACGUCAUCAACAGAGACGGUUUCAGCCCUCUGCAGAUGGCCAAGGCUGCCAGAGUCAAGGCGUAGUGGAGUUUCCUCGACGCAAAGGCUCUGAGGAGCAGUUCCUGCGGGCUGCCGCCUGCGGUAUGGUCGACUCUGUCAAGAAAACUCAUAGAGGAAGGAGUGAACGUAAAUGCUGGCAGUACAUUGAAGGGUCAGGAAGGAUGGAGAGCACUUCACCUGGCGGCCGACGCUGGCCACAAGAAGCUUCUGGAGGUCUUGCUGCAAGCUGGAGUCAUCCUCGAUACUAAGACUGCCAAAGGU